CCUCGUGCCCCGUUCGCCUUGAUUCAGGAGAGAAAGAGAAGGCAGUGGAUAGAGAGAAGGGGUUGGUUCAUGGGAGGGACUACUGGAAAAGGGGAAUUGCAAGAAGGAGGGGGCGGGGAGGCGGCACGGGUGCUGUUUCUCCAGUCUCUUUUCCCUGUCUUUGUCUCACACUCUUUUGUUAGCCAUGCCUAGCCUGCUGGUUCUAGCAGGGAUCAUGGAGAAAAAUGGGGGCUACGGCGGGGAUCUGGCCGGCUCCGGCUUCGGAAGUGAGGGGCUGCUUGUGCCGCCCGACGAGGAAGAAGACGACUCCCGUGCCCUGAGGGUCGCGCUGGGCCAGUUGUCGCUGUUGGGUCUUGGGGAAGCCGAGGACGGCGGCGGGGCUCCCACUACUGGAACACUAGACCGGAGUAACAACAACAAUAACCACCACCACAACAACCACACCAACAGUGUUGGAGGAGGUGGGGAGACUGGGCUUUUGCCAGGGAAGAGCAAGUUAUGUGUCCUGUACGAUGGUUCCUCAGCUGAAACGAAAGGACGCGGCUGUAACAUUACCGAAUGUGUCCCUGUGCCCAGUUCUGAACAUGUGGCCGAAAUAGUAGGGAGACAAGGGUGCAAGAUCAAAGCGCUUCGGGCCAAGACCAACACCUACAUCAAGACCCCGGUGCGCGGCGAGGAGCCGGUCUUUCUGAUCACCGGGCGGAAGGAGGACGUGGCGCUGGCGCGGCGGGAGAUCAUCUCGGCGGCCGAGCACUUCUCCAUGCUGCGCGCCUCGCGGAACAAGCUGGGCGUGUCCUUCAGCGGCUCCGCCCCCGCCCCGCUGCCGGGCCAGACCACCAUCCAGGUGCGGGUGCCCUACCGGGUGGUGGGGCUGGUGGUGGGGCCCAAGGGCUCCACCAUCAAGCGCAUCCAGCAGCAGACCUGCACCUACAUCGUCACGCCCAGCCGCGACCGCGACCCCGUCUUCGAGAUCACCGGGUCGCCAGGCAACGCCGAGCGCGCCCGCGAGGAGAUCGAGGCCCACAUCGCCUUCCGCACGGGCGGCCUCCACGACCUCAACAACGAGAACGACUGCCUGGGGCCCGAGGUGGGGAACGGCGGGGGCCUGGAGAGCCGGCUGCAGCAGGUGUGGGGGCUACAGGCUGGCCCCCGCAAGCCGCUCACCAGCAGCUACCGCCAGAACUUCCCGGACGGCGUGGUGGGGGGCGGCGACGGAGGGGGAGGGGGCGGGGCCAUCUACGGCAAGGGCGACUUCCCCAACGCCGGCGAGAAGCCCUGCUCUUACUUCGGGUCCGAGGGGACCCAGUGCUGGGGGGACCCCGACUACCCCAAACAGGUGGCCUUCUACGCGCAGCAGCGCUCCAAGAGCUUCGGCGGGCUGCCGCUGCCCCUCAGCAGACUGUCCCCUGGCCUGGGCGAGCCCUGCGGCGCGCCCGGCUCCGCCCCCUCGCCCCACUCGCAGGCCCGCCGCGCGCACAGCGAGCCCAUCUCCGCCAGCGCCGCCUUUCCUGGCCGGCUGCCCGUGGCGGACUCCCCGCCGGCCGCCGCGCGGGACUGCAUGACCUGCUUUGAGAGCAAAGUGACCGCCGCCCUGGUGCCCUGCGGCCACAACCUCUUCUGCAUGGAGUGCGCCAUCCGAAUAUGUGAGCUGAGCCACCCUGAGUGCCCCGUCUGCCACACGCUGGUCACGCAGGCCAUCCGAAUAUUCUCCUAAAGCCCGCCCGCCUUUGUUAUGCUUUUUAUCCUCAUUUUUUUUAUCAAAUAUUUUUUCUAUGAUUAUUUUAUGAUUUAUUUUCCAGAAGAUAUAAACAAAAACAAAAAAAAUGAACAAGCAGAUAUUUUAGAGCGCUGCUUGAUUUAAUAAAAAGUAUCAAAUAUUUUUUCAUUUUUUCUUUUUAUAUAUUUUAUAAAAGGUUUGUUUAUUGAAAAUAUAGUGCUUAGCUUUUUGUUUUCCUGCUACUGUUUUAUGAUUACGGUAUACGGUAAGGGGCGUUAUAGCAAGGAGAAAUAAUGUGAACAUUUAUUUUCGUUAUGAUUUUUAAGUAAUCAGGAAUGGAUUUUAUUAGGAAGGAUGAACAAGACCCGGCUGGUUUUGUCAACUGGUUUCCUUUAGAAAAUGUGCAGAUCUGCUUAGUAAAUUUUGUCUGUGCAGGAAAAAAAUACUGAAAGAAUAGAGGCAGUUCUCCACUGAAUUAGGUAAAGUGAAUGCUAAGUUGUAUGUAGAAAACUUUACUGGCAAGUGCUGGAGAACCAUAAAAUAUUAAUCGUGUGGUUUUUACCUGUGUUAUGCAGGCAUUCAGGAGGUAAAGGCCAGUAGCUUUGGCACCCUUCCAGAGUGAUUUCCCAUUACCAAGUCCUCUCUGAACCUUUUUAAUACCGAUUAGCUUAAUUGUUCAGUCGUCUCAAGAGCUCAGAUUUAUGGAGAACGUGUGUGUAAACUGUACUGUACGACGUGAAGAAGUCUCACUAGAAUGGUUGUGUAGGUUUGAAUUUGGGGUGUUCUACUUAAUUAUGGUGCGUAAAAAUGAGCGUUUCUACCCAGAAUAAAUAGUUCAGGAGCGUGUGCUCCUCACCCAGUCCUUACACCUGCGCUCAAACGGCAGCGAGCGCUGUCCCUUUAAGGUCUCUAAGGUCUCUGAGGUCCGGGCCCGUACUGUCAGAGCAGGUGUCUCAGUGUGGACUGGAGAUGUCACCCUAAACUGGAGUUCUCUUCCCUCUUUUUGAAAUUCUUUUUUUCUGUCAGAGCAGCCAACCCACUGGGUCUUUUAGCAUAUUGUUCAGGUGGAGUGAGGGUUCGGGCCAUAGUCCCCCCCCCCCUUUUGAGAAUGAGUGAAAUGACAGGCCAGGUGCAGACUGUGGGGGACCCGUCGCCUUGGAGCGGAUGGGGAGGCGGGCCCGCCCAUGGCCACAAGCGUAUUCCUCAGUGGGGCGAACCCCCCCAAGUCCCCCCCCCAAUCCCCACAUCUCACGCACAGAAGGCCAGUCUGGGUGCAGCUGGGCGGGUAGAACCCCUCCCUACACUGCUGCACAGGGCUAUUCCCAAUGGGGAACGGGGAACUCCUUUGUCCUGAGAUACACAGAGGCUUUGAGUGCAGAGGUUUCAAAUUAAAAGCCGUGCUGGUGCUGAUUAUCUAGCAUAAAGAAAAUCAAAUGUCUGGAACAUUUGUUUGUUAAUAUCCAUUAAACCCAAUAUUUUGGGAAUUGUGUCCUGUUAAAUAAAGAAUAAAUAGAACCGUGUCUUAAAUACUGGAUUGAAAAAUGUCAGUUUUACCAGCAUCAGUAUGUAAAUUGUACUGUAAAUUUGCUCUUGUUUUGAAUUCAUCUUUAAAGAGAGAUUUUAAGACCUGAUAAGGCUAGAGAUGAAUAGUAAGUGUGAUAUUUUGAGUACUGACUCUCGCCUAACUUGGGGGUAAGCCUGAGAGAGAGAGAGAGAGAGAGAGAGAGAGUGUGGAUCGAAGUUUCCAUUGAGCUGGCCUGAAUGCCGGCCUCCUGCAGCUGCCCCCUCAGAAACGGCCGGUGGGAUGUAAAGACCUGCGGCCAAUGGCAGGCCGGCCCCAGGCUGCGGGAUGAAAUCAGACGAUUCUAAUUGACAGGGGAACCUUGGAGACGCCCCAUUUAGCCACCACUCAGCCUGAAUCAAAUUACACACUCUCUGCUCGCCUCGUGCCCAGAUGGGGCGUUUAAGAAAGGGGGGGGGGGGGGAGAAUUAAAACCGUUGGGGUGAAAAAAGGGGCAUAUUUUUUGGGAAUGGCUGCUCUGGAGAAGAAAAGAACAUGCACAAGGCUGUUUUUGAGAGUGGACAGGGACUUAAAUACACUUGCCAAGGGGAGGAGACCGAAGUGUGCUGUCUAUCUGCAGUGAGCAUUGUGCUUCGGUUAAAAUAAUUUUAGUGAUGAAUAGGGGUUUUUUCAGUGCUUUUUUCUUCAUAAAGCUUAAUGUUAAUAAGAAGGAAAAACAAAAUGGCUCCGGAAGUCAACAAUUGUGCAGGAAAGAGACAAAGAAAAGCAAAAGGCUUGUUUAAAUAAAUGGCCAAAAAGAACAUUAAGGGUAAAUCGUUUCAGGAUUAGAUUGAAUAGACGCCCAGCUUGAUGUGUGAAAGUUGUCUUGCGGUCAUCCACAGAAACUCCCAGAACAGGCUCAGUCAAAGAUGAAACGUACACUUAUUUAUAUCUGUAGGAUGGGCUACCUAUGAAGGUCUUACAAGCAAAAUAAAUGAUAUUAUUCUUUUUUGUAUUAAAUGUGUUUAGUUAUAAACAAAGCAAAAAAAAUUUUUGUUUUGGACAGAAUUAUCAGGCAUUUUGAUACUAUAAAAAUAUUUUCCGUUCAUGUCUGAAAUUGUACUAUGAAUUCAAACCUUAAUGUAGGUUAUGACAGUAGUAACAUUGGUGUAAGUUCAUCAUUGCAGGUUAUUGCCAAGGCAUGUAGUGCUUUGGAUGAAUGGCCCGUAAGAAACAGAAUAUUUCACGCAUAUGAACAAGAAUGUCUUAAUAAAUUUGGGGUGGGUGUGACUCGAGCUGACUAAACCUGAGACCAUGCAAAUUUACUUAAAAAAGCACCUUAUUACAUUGGAAAUUCACAUAUAUAUGAAUUUAUAUCUAUUUAUAUCUCACUGAAACCAAACUGACCACUUGUUGUGACUGUAGAUCCUGUUUACAUAUUUCAAUAUAUUGAUACCUUAUCAUAUGUUUGGUCUUCUGAUAAGGCUCUUCAUUUAACCAAAUAAAAUUGACUUUGGGGAAUUUGCACUAGAUGAGGUAUACAGUGGGAGGGGCUACACCAGCCAGUAACAUUACAUGAUUGUCUCAAAGCUAGGGGAUUUUUAGGGCCUAUGCUGGUGCUUUGUAGUACAGCAUAUAUGUUUACAAUUGGUAAACCCAUAUAUAAAGCUAUAUUGUUAGGUAGAUUUUUGUUUUUACCAAUUGAAAAUUAGCUCCCUUUUUUAUACCAACACACAGGUGUGGUUUUAACUGUCUCCUUUUCAGCUCUGUCCACCCACCCACCCCAAUGGUAAAAAUUAAAGAAUGUUCGUAUGUAUGUAUAGUCAGUCUGUAGAUGUGAAUCUAUAGAUUAAACAGCUACGGCUAUGAUUUUAUUUAAAAUUAAUUGAAUGAAUCAAUUUAUUUAAAUAUUUAUUUGACAUUAUUUUGAUAAUUGACGCUUCAGCAGAAGUUCCUUUGUUUUAAGUGUUCUUUAAAUGCAUAUACACACAUGCACGUGUUUAAGUUUUAGAGGAACAGUUUAGUCCAUGCUGAAACAAUAGUUCAAUUUUUAAAAUCGGCCAGAACAGAAUUGUAGGUUAUAUUGACUAAGCAGACUGCUAAAUUCUUUAGUAUGUAUUGUGGUCUUUUAACAUUUCAGUUUUAAUUAUCCACGUUCACAAAAUGAAAUGUAUAAAAAACAAUAUUUUUCUAAAAUGCAAAAAAAUCCCAUGUAAUAAAUGCAAUCAGGUUCUUUCUGUGUGUAUUUAAAAAAAAAGCAAUAAUUAAAAUUGUACCUAGAAAUGUAAUCAAAUGUAAUUUCAGUAAGCACUUAAAUUUUUACUUUUAAAUCCCAGAGCAUGUAGACCAAGACUUCUAUGGGUUCAAAUAUUUGUUACACAGCUUGCUUGAACCAUCCUAUAAAUGUAGUUCUGAAACAUAUGAGGACCAUCCAGGACCUUAUACAUUUGCAGUUGAACAGUUGCUGCACCGCAUGUGACUCAACACAUCAUAUACUUACGCCAAAACCGUGAAACAUAACAGGCAUUGUUGCUGAAGUCUGGUCAGUUUUCUUUUCAUAUUCACUGUGGUUUAGAAAACCAUUAUUUCAUUCAUCAAUUUUCGACUCAUCAAUUUUUAGUCAAUAUCUUAAUAGUGCACAACUGUAAAAUGGAAAACCUGUUAUCUUUAGAAUGUAUGUGUUCUUUCUCUUUUGCAUACGUUGCCAUUUUAAAGUAUAUAUUUUUUCCACUACUCUACCCUAAUGUUAAGACAUCAUAAAUGUGCAGCAGUGGCAGAGGUUAUGAUGUAGCAGGAAUGGCUUGACUGGUGGAACCUGACAGUUAGCUGUUUUCCAUGUAUUAUUGUUCGAAACACGAAGUGUUUUCCAAAUGUAUUUUAAGAGAUUAUCUUAACCACACCUUCAAGCAAGUGUCGUUUCCACUUGCUUGACAGUGAGGUAAUGAACUAAAGUGUGUUACUUUAAGAUCCCUUCCCACUUAUUGCACUGGGCUGCUACUCCUCUUUGGCAGUUUUUAAACAGUGAAGAGCCUUUUAAAUCUUUAUAGGGAGACUUUUUAGUGAACAAACGUCCCUUUAAAGUUAAUAUAUUACACAACUGUGAUCACAGAUCAGAAUUGCACUGUUAAAUGGAACAAUUAAAUGAUAGCAAUUGAGGAAUUUCUUGUUUCCCUUGGUAGAUGUUAAAGUUUGUACAAAACGCAAACAGGACAAGACCAGAGCAAGGUGAAUGCAAUGUGAUUGAUGAUUACAGAGGGCUUCCUCGCUCUUUCAUUUGCUGACAGCCUUUCCCUUACUCCAGCGACCAGAGGAUAUCGAUGCCUGGUUAAAGUAUUGAGCCAAACGUAACACUUUCUUUUUUUUUAAAGUAGCAUUUAUUAAACAUUUAUUAUGCUGUAUUUACUCAAAUUUAGGCUUAAAGAUUUAUCUGAAAUUAUAGUAACCAUAAGCAUAUUAUGAAAAUAUAUCUCAGUGUUUCAGCUCAAAAAUAUUUUGUGUAGAUGACUUAUGAGUACUUAACCAUUCUUUAUACUAUUGCUAUAACUUAUAUAUGAAGUCCUCCUUAUCCUUGGUUGGAAAUACUAGAAUAUUAAAUGUGAAUGAUGGUAGCCAAAGAGUAAACUGUUAAAAUAAAAACUAAAAAGGAUAAAUCAUUUUGACUUGUAGUAAUUAUUAAAUCUUAAGUUUAAGAUUUCUACAUAUGUACUUUACCUAAUACCUUUACCUUUACCUAAGUCUAAUAAUGGAAUUAUCUUUCAUAAAAUGUUAGGCUCAAAGGGAGGUGGCUAAGACCAGAAAAUCCAGUUAUGUUCUGAUUUCUCGAUUUCAGAAGUUUUUCAGCUCCAGUCAGAUAUUCUUGUCUGUGGUGCUUUUAUAAAUAGAAUCUCUCCCAUAAUGGCAUAUUACUUUUUGUCUUUUUUUCUACCCAGCACCUUUUCUGAAAGGCAACAGAAAAUAGUAUAUACCUGCAGCAUCACUAUUAUCUCCCAAAGAGGCCAAAUAUAGAUUAAAGAUGAUGAAUUCAUAAUUAGUAUUUAAUAUUUUAAUUCAAGAGAAAUUAUCCAAACAUUUAUAGUGGGACUUGUCACUGGUUGUGACAAAAAGAUAUGUUGAUAUAUUUCAUGGCACCUAUACACUAAAUUAAUGUUGGGGAAUUUUAUCUUCAUGAUUGUGUUAUAUUCCAUUUAAAAUUGGUACUUACUGUAAGGGCUAGGCUUUAUCCUCAACCCGUUAUGGUAAAAUAUUAAUAUUUCACCGUAAUACCAUUGUUUUCUUCUCCACAAAUUUCGAUUAUUCAAUAUUAGUCAUGUGAAUUUCAUAAAGAUCAUUUAACAGGCUGCUCUGAAGUAGUACAAUGUUGUCACACAAGGUACUGAGUAAUUAACUGGGAAAUUUAACGAAACAGAAAACUGGAGGACGAUUGAUUCAGUUUGCUCCAUGUCUUUUCAGGGGAACUAUAUUAACAUUUAUUUACUUGUGAUGGUAUUCUUAAUAAAUUGAUUUACCCAAUGAACCCACUCAAGGCUGCAUCCCUUUUCAAAGAUGAGAUAUUUCAACCUGUGCUAUGAAGCGCAAGUAUUCUUCUUUCUCUGUUUGAAUGAGCUAAUACUCCUCCCUACAAAGUCACCAUCAUUGCUGUUUUCUUCUUCCAUUUGAUAGUGUCCUUCACAAUCAACCAGACUGUUCUGUUCCCAAACUACACUUCAUUCUCUUAACUGAUAAGUGAACCCAAACGGCGUGCUCAUCAGAAUAUGUUUCAAUACAAUCAAGUACCCCUAAUCUGUGAUUUAAGAGUGACUGUAAAUGAUGACUGAAGUAAAGCAGAGUAGUUAUUCAAAUCCAUUUCACCUUCCAGAUAAGGUUUGCAAGAUGCACAUUUGGAUGUAAAAACAUCUACCCCAGCAAUGCCCUCCAUUUUCCGUUUCUGUUAGACAAGUUAUUCCAUUUUUUCAUAUUUUGUUUUUGUUGUGGUUGACACGGUAGUAUGUGAGGUUUCACUGCAGAAAAAGUUUGGGUGCUUCCGCUUAACAUUUUCAGGAAGCAGCUGAAGAGACAAAGUCUUUCUACAGUUUCUUAUAUUCUAUUUUGCUAGCAUGGGUCAUUAUUUCAUAUGAAGAUGGGGGAAAAGUCAGUAUCAAUGUUAUUUAUGAAAAUUUUAAAAAGAAGUAAACAUAUUUAUGAGUAACCUCAACAUUUUGUUUUUUAAUAACAAAUACAAAAAAGUUAAUAUAUUUGUAAACGCAUGAAGCUGGUUUCUAGUAAAAUUAUAAAAAAAAAAUCAAAAAGUUUUAUUUAUCAAGGUUAAAGAAAUAGCUCACACUUCAAUGUUACAGGAUUGAGGGGUUACAUGUCUCCCCCAUGGUUUAUAAUUUAACGUCAGCAACACAAUAUUCUAACAGACAUUGCAAUCAGUGCAGAAUUUUGAUGAAAAAGUGAUACAUUUAUCAGACUUGGCGGCCUUUUAUAUUAUCCCAGAGUGUGCCGUUUGUGCUUUGUGUCCUGUGCUCCUCUCAGUACAUUUCUUGGUUUAAGUUAAAAUGGUGAACAAACAAAGGAUUCCUGUCAGAUUUAACUGAAACAAUGCUCUAGAGCAAUCUAGCUUAAAUAGAUAAAUAAGUCAUUAAAAAAACCUUUAACAAUUAGUCUUUCAGUGAACCAAAAAUAGAUUGCAUUAUGUUUCUUUAUUGUAAAAGGAUAUUAUUGAAACUUUAUAUGAAAAGGGUGCCAAUUUGACUUUGGUGAACAUUCCAGUCCAUUUUAUGUCCUGUUUUUUUUUUUUUUUUGCUCUAAUCAAAACACAGCAUUUGCUCUUAUUUCAGUACCCAGAAUAAGUAUCAGUGGGUUAGAGGGAAACGCACACAUAUUAUUCAUAUACACAGAUCCAUGCUCACACAUAUAUAUCUACUACAUGUGAUUAAUUAAAAAAAAAAA